AUGACAGAACAGUCAGAAGACGCGGAGGAUAUUAAACCCACGAUAUCAACAGCCCCGGAUGAUUUGAUGGAGUCGGAUCCCAUGAAGGAUAUUAACAAUUUCCUUAUGGCGAGCAACGGUCGGAACAUGAAAAUCGAGGAGACGCCCGUCUUCAAUAUCCGACUAAUUGCCGAAGUCAAAGCGAGGCCUUUUUUAUACGACCAGGCUGACGAGGGGUACAAUUUGCUGUCGUGGCGGAACUCGGCGUGGAAUGAGAUUGCUGAGAGCCUUGAGACGACUUCUGAACACGUGAAAACGCGAUGGAAAACCCUUCGGGACCGAUACAAAAAAGAGGAGAAAAAGGAGCGGACCAGUAAAAAACAAUCGAGUUGGGUGUUCCAGAGGCCGCUGAAAUUCAUUCAAGCACAUUUGAAGGAUAGACACACCGAUGAAACCGACUCCAACCCCUCCUCCGAUCACUCAAUCAAGAACGAAGCUGGUAGUGGUCCAGGCCACGUGUCUCCAAUGGAAGCAGCCAUGUCAUUCAUCGAAAAUGAAUUGAUUCGAACCCAAGAAACUCAUUCAUCAAAAUCCUCAACCGAUGUGGAUUCCAGCUCUGCUUCCACCGCUUCUAGCUCCUCCUCGAAAACCGGCGGAGCUACAUCCCAAGAAAGAGCCGAUGGUAACGUUGUGACUCCGCCCCCUUUGCCUAUUCCCAUGGCGGUGACACCUUCUCCAUCUGCCACGUCAUCAGCUUCAAAUAAUGGACUGCAAGGACCGCCGGCGAAGAGGAAUCGAGUUUCGUUGACUGAGGGAUUGACUCCAUUAUCAACCCGAAACGCCGCCGUCGCCGCUGCCACCAGUCUGGGUCUCACAUUUUUACCUGGUCUCUCGCAAUGGGGAACGACUCGUGAGGAAGAGGAAGAUGAGAUUUUUGCGAGAAUGAUUUCGAUAAAAUUGAGCAAGUUGGACGCCAGAACUAAAGAAGUUGCCAAACUACAAGUUUUGAAAGCAAUCUUCGAUGCCCAAUUCACGACUCCACCCACAACCUGA